AUGAACGAAAAGGUUUCGACACAGUGGUCAGAGGAAGAGCGAGUAGCCUUCAAUAUACUAAAGGCUCAGCCGACUUCUCGAAGAGAGGAAGUAAUCCGCCAGCAUCACGAUAUAACGACAUUGGAGGCUCUUGAUUCGGCUGUGUACAAGAAGCUCAGGAUAGGAUGCGAACUCCCCGAAGAGGUCGAAAGCUGCAUCCCAUUUCAAUGGCGUAACCAAGAAACGCUUGCGGGAUUUGUCGAGCGCGUUUAUGAGCCGUCGCCCGAGUCCGGUUCUGUUCAACCUAUCGACAUCAACAACGUCCGAGCCAAGGUAUUGAGGAAGCGUGCAAGCAUCAAGAUUCGGCCUACCGAUAUCCUGUCGGGCCAUCUGUACCUUCACAUCGGAAAAAGGUUCAAAAUACUGUACCCAUUUUCAGAUCGGGGCUUUCUUGAGGAAAGUCUCAGCGGCCUCUGUAUCUCGAACCAGGCUCCUACGCAUUCCACGACUGAAGCUUUGGGCCGCGGCUGCCUACCACCACUACUCAUGAUGGAGACAUUGGCAACCUUGAACUUGUUGUUUCCGUCAGUGAACGAUCCCAGGUCUCACAGGUUUUCGAAACGCUGGGUUCAUCGUCAUGCGCCAGAAGAACACAGAAAGAGCCUCCUCGAACCUUCCCGGCAAUGGUCUACACUGGGAUACGAUGACCCUCCGAAACGACUCCAGGAGGUCAGAGAUCCGACGCCUGUGAACUGGUGGGGAACGCAUGUCAAACGCAACCUGUCCGAGGCAAACAUGUACAAAUGUGCCGUCGCUGCCCUCAUAGUAGCCGCCAUAUCUGGAACAUUAGCAACAGUACUUGCGGCUGUCCAGGUCUAG